AGUGUGCGUGCUCAGGAAAAAGCUGUAAACUCACUGUAGCUGCAGAGGCGCGUGCAUUUCCCGCAGAAAUCCGCGUUUAACGGACUCCUGUCAGAAGACCGCCCGCCAUGUCGUCCAUGUUGGGGGUCGUCGCCAAACAGCUGAAGAACCACCCAGCUCUAAUCCCACUCUUCGUCUUCAUCGGUGGUGGGGCAGCAAUGAGCAUGCUGUACUUGGGAAGACUGGCUCUGAAAAACCCUGACGUCUCAUGGGAUCGUAAAAACAACCCCGAGCCCUGGAACAAGCUAGAACCAAACCAGCAGUACAAACUUUUCCGAGUGAACAUGGACUACUCUAAACUGAAGAAGGACGGGCCAGAUUUCUAAGUCAGCAUUUCUUCUCUCAUCCGUGUUGGAGGCUUUUGCACUUUUUGCCAAAUACAAAGACAUCCAUAAGACUAAAUGAAGGUUGAUUGUGCUCGUUCACGGUUCAUUUCCAGAGUGAAACGGAACAGAAUCAUCCACUUAUAGAUCACCAUAAAUAAAACAGGCUACCACCUGUUUUGUUGAAUGUUAAAUUUAUUUUUUGCUGUGUUGUAAAUUAUUAAAACAAUUACAAUC